CACUGACUCGUUGACAGCAGAGAAACAGUUGUAUUUCCAUGUUCCUUUUAUAAACAAUUUCACACUCAUUUUUGUCUUCAAAUCUUUAUCAUUGUUACAAAACCCUGAUUUAUUUCAUUUCAUUUCAUUUAUAUUCCUUGGUCAACAGGAAGGCAUAGUAGAAUGGAAGAAAUACAAACGAUGUGUCGAACUAGAAGUGAUGUAUCAGUAGUAGGCGCGACGGAGACACUUCGUGCUCAACAGCAACUUUUGCAGAAGUUGUAUGUGGAGUUGGAUGAGGAAAGGGAUGCUUCAGCCACAGCUGCAAGAGAAGCAAUGGACAUGAUACUGCGUUUACAAGGAGAGAAGGCCGUGGUGGAGAUGGAGGCAAGUCAGUUCAAGAGAAUGGCAGAAGAGAAGAUAGGCCAUGCCGAAGCCACCCUCGAAGCUUUUGAAGAACUUUUGUACGAAAAAGAGAUGGAAACUGCAUCUCUUAAGUUUCAAUUACAGGCUUACAAGGACAAACUUGUGAGCUUAGGAUGUGAUCUCAAUGCAAGUGAGUUUCAGUAUGUGCAAUCAAAUACAAGUGAUCAAAACGGGAGCCCGGUUAUGAGAAGGCUAAAGUCAAUGCCCCCGAUUCGCUUUAAAAAGAUUCCAACUCUGAGAGAGAGUGUUGAUCGGAAGGGGGAAAGAUCGUCGGCUUCAGCUCAAGUUUCGGGUGACCAGGAACCUAGCUUGGUGUGUGGAAGUGGAACUCUAGAUUCAUACUGGAACAAGAUAAGAAUGUUACAUGAACAAGUGAAACUGAUUUCAGAUUCUAACAACAUAGGAACAAACUUGAGAAAUAAAGGAGGGAGGUUAUGUUCAAUAUUAUCACAAGCUAGUAAUAAGAUAAACUCUGAAAGUACACUUGCCCGGACAGCAUUUUCGGACCAUUCUUGCUCGACUAAUGUUCACGAUGUAUUUGAAGUCCCACAAGCCACCGGAAAGCAUGAAUUCAGUUAUAACGAAGGGAAAAGAAUGCUCGAGAAAAGGAAAUCUGUGGCAGAUAUUAGGUUAACAAAACUAGAAUCUGUGUCUAAGGGAAUGGUUGAAUCACAUUUUAAACAUGACGCAGACAAGGGAAACGGCACGGUAACUAUCGCUGGCCAGGAGAAAGAAUGGAUGGGUUUCGAUCAUAAUUCUCAAGAUGAAGUUGAUCAGAGAAUUGUUAGGCUUCAAAGGCAGAGAGCUAGUAGAAGGUAUCAUGACAUCACAUGUGGCUUUGAAUCAGGGUAUGGUGAAGAACAGUUGAGGCUUUUGAAGGACAUAAAAACUGAACUGAAAUUAAUACAAUCAGAGAUGAGUGGAUGAUGCUGUGUCUUUUGAAUUUCUCCAAGAGGCAAUGUUGCACUUUUGGCUUUGAUCAAGAAACUACAGAAUGACCAUCUCAUGCUACCUAUAAACUCACUUCUUCAUAUGCUUUCUCUACACACAGAUUUAUGGUGGAUAUGGAAAUAUGUCUUCUGAUUUUUAUUUUGUACAUUAGACACACUAUGCCCUCAACCCCUGAAAGUUUCUGUUUGCUAUGAAAGGUUUAUGUGAUUCUCAACACAGUUUCACUGCUGAUUUAGGUGAUUCUCAACAAGAUAAUAACAUACACUGACCUUUGAUUGAUGAACAGAAAUUUUACACAACAAUUUUCCUUGGCAGAAAAGGUAUUAGAUUGUGACAAAAUAGUGUCUGUGUAGUUAGUAGUCACUCAAAUUUAUGCUUCUUUAGCACAAUUUCGCCAUGCGCAUAAAUUACCCGAACAAAGAUCUAUAUAUCAAAUGGCAAGAUUAGUGUAACUCCCUAGUGUUAUAGGACAAUACUUUAGAGAC